AUGUCUUCGACCAAGGCUUUCACCUUUCUGCCACUGGGCGCUAUCAUUCAAAAGUUCGUUGUAAACGGAAAGAACAUCGUCCAGGGUUUCCCAACUGCAGAGCUGUACAAGCAGCACAACGCCCCAUUCUUUGGUGAGACUAUUGGCCGCAUCGCCAACCGCGUAUCCAAAGCGAAGAUCAACGACCUGAAUGGGAAGUCAUACCAGCUAGCGGUCAACAACGGCCCCAACUCUCUCCACGGCGGCGACCUUGGCUGGGGAAAGCGAGAAUUCGAAGGACCAAUUAUAGUUGACCGCAAUGGAAAAGAGGCUACAUUAUUCAAAUACGUCAGCAAGGAUGGCGAGGAAGGCUACCCCGGCACUGUAGAGGUGCGCGUGUGGUAUGUCCAAGCAAAGGAGGAAGUCGAUGGCGCUCAACAGGAGGUCCUAUACAUCGAAUACGAGGCUGAACUGAUCGGUGAUGAAGUCGAAGAGACCGCAAUCAACAUGACCAACCACAGCUACUUCAACUUGUCUGGAGGACCUACCAUCACCGGAACUGAAGUCAACCUCAUCACAAACAAGUACCAAGUCGUGGAUGACGGAGGUAUUCCCACUGGACCCAUCGAGGAAUACCCCGGUGUCAGCGCCAAGAAGACCUUCACCCUGGGCGAGAAAGAGCCCGAUAUUGACGACUGCUUUGUGGCCAACACAGACCCCAGCAGCAUUCCCAUCGACACUCGCUCUUCGCCCCUGCAGAAGCUUGCGUCUUUCUACCACCCAGAGACCAAGGUCCACCUCGAAAUACACUCGACGGAACCGGCCUUCCAGUUCUACACCGGUAAAUACAUCGACGUACCUGCCGUUGGUGACCUUCCCGCCAGAGGCGCCCGCGCUGGCUUCUGCGUCGAACCCAGCCGCUACGUCAACGCCGUCAACGUUCCAGAAUACAAGUCUAUGAUGGUUCUCAAGAAGGGUGAGAAGUACGGCACUAAGAUCGUAUACCGUGGCUGGCACGCGUAG